AUGGACCAUCUUCGUCCCCAAUCAGCUUCUGCUAUGACGGCUCAUCGUCGAGAAGCCGUGCGACUCGCACAGGAGCAGCAGCGAGCUGUCGUCGAAAAGUGCAAGAGAGCCAAGCAGCCUGAGCCUGACUAUACGUUUGAUGAGCUGAUCGGCAAAGGGAGCUUCGGAAGAGUGUACAAAGGUCGCCAAAUCCCUAGUCAACAGGUUGUCGCGAUCAAAGUACUGGACAUCGAUGAUGCCGAUUUUCGAGCGUAUGGUGAACAGAAGGACGAACAGAUCAGAGAUUUCCAACGCGAAAUACGCAUCUUGCGACAAGCGCAGGAGAGUGGUGCAGAGAAUCUCAAUCAGCUCAUCGAUGCCUUUCCUGUCCACAGUCAGUUGUGGAUGAUCUGUGAACACUGUCCCGGGGGUAGUGUGAAAACCUUAAUGAGAGCCAACAAAGACCGCCUUGAGGAGAAGUACCUCAUAGUGGUAGCCAGAGAAUUAGCCAAAGCGCUGAAAGGUUUGCACGAGGCUGGGAUACUACACAGAGAUGUGAAAGCUGCCAACGUCCUCAUUCACGAAGAAGGGCGACUUCAGCUGUGUGAUUUUGGUGUCGCCAACGUCCUAGACAACCAGGCCGAUCGACGGAACACAUUCAUAGGAACUCUACAUUGGAUGGCACCUGAGCAAUGGACGGACAAUCCUGAGUACUCUGAUGAGGUGGACGUCUGGGGAUACGGCUGCACCCUCUAUGAAUGCGCGGUUGGACGACCCCCGAAUAGCGAUCUGCGAGAACGCCAGCAACUCAAACUUCGAAUGAGACGUCUCAAACAAGCCAUCUCUCUCCCUGAAGAUCAAGACCAUAGUGAUGGGUUACGUUCACUAGUCUCCUCCAGCCUCACUCCGGACGUUGCUACUCGGCCGAGCAUGCAAAAAGUCUUACAGCACGACUUUCUAAAAGACACCGAAGAAACACACCCUACCUCUAUUCUCACCGAACUUGUACAAAAGUACUACACCUGGGUUGUUGGCGGUGGCCAGCGUGUUUCCCUGUUUAUGCCAGGAGGUGCAGCUGCUGCUUCAAUGGAUGACCUUGACUCCGACCUUGAUACCGAUGAAUGGAAUUUCAGCAUGACUCAAGACUUUGAGAAGCGGGCUUCCGCCGUACUUGAGAUCCCCGACUUUUCAGACAUGACCACAAAUGAAAGAACGGAAGGAGAAGCCACGCCGAGAGGCCCAGGAAGAUCUGAAGGUCUUUCACUUCCAAAUGAGAUGACGGCAGUACAAAAGGCGAAUUUUGAAGCCCGAGUACAGCGAGGAGCCGGUCUCUCGAAUCUUUUUGAUCACGGCAGACCUGACUACAAAUACGAAACCAAACGCGACUUCAUCCCUAUCCCUGAACAACGACGAAUUUCAGAUCUACCACUGCGAAAUAUGGCGGAAGAUAGACCAAGCUCGAUUGCGUCAAAUGUAAUCGAUCUAGGAGACUUUGACGAAGCUGACUACGCCAUAGCAGCACCACGAACUGAUGAUAAAAUUCAAACUGCAUAUGCCGGAACUCCUCUGAGAGAAGAGACCAUCAGACUUGCGGAUGCCUCCACACUUCGUGAUAAGCGAGCAAAUUCGAAAGGGCCACGGGACCCGAACAACAAACAAUCUCUGACUGCGAGACGAACCUCGUCGGCCGAAGAACUCCCCCCAAGCACCUCAGCACACGAUUUUGCCACAUCGCAAGAAGAGUGGACAGUCAAAAACAACAACCACAAAGUGCCCGAGCUACAAGAGGCUGCUGAAAUCACGUCGUCCCGCCCAGGUCAUGAUACUAUGGACUGGUCAUUUGCGAGCGCCAUGUCCGAAGCUGUCAUCCCUCAGAUCAACGAGCCCGAGAAUGCAGAAGACGAUGCUCCUGGCCCGGCCGACACUGCUAAUGAUACUCGACAAAAGACAAAGAAGCACGCCACCAUGGACUGGUCAUUUUCCAGCGCAAUGGCAGCAGCGAAUACCAACGACACAGACGAGACGAUUGACUCACCUCCACCAGCACAGCCUAUGGCAGCGUCUCGACCAACUCCUACCCGUCCAGCCCCAUUGAUGCGUCAGAUGACCAUGCCCGUCACGUUUGACGACUUUGUACAAGCCGAAGAACAGGAGAUUCCUCGUCCGUCGACCGCUCUUUCUGAGGCGUACAGUGAUGUUAGUGCUUCUUCUACUGAUGUCGAUCCAUUCGGACUCGAACGCGAUGAAGACGAUCAUCCAGGCCCAGCAACAAUGGACGAGGACGUGCCUAUGGGCAGAUUCUACGCUACACGCGGACGUACGAUGUUCAGUGGACGCUCUGACAGUCUCAACGCAAACUCAAGCACCACGACACCAGGGCUGGCGCCAUUCAAUCUUGGACACCCAGCACGAAUCGGCGAGAACGGCCGCGGCUUGGGCGGAAACACGGCGACAGCAAAUGGUGAGCGGCAAGUUGUCAAUGUCCCUCAUGCAUCUCCUCCCAGCGCCGCAGUCAUGGGGGCUGGUGCGUCGACCGAAGACAUGGAAGCAGAGCUCAUUCGCCUCCUGGAAGGAAUGCAGGGCACGUUGAACGCGGCGAGGGAUGUAGUCGGUGGUUUGGAGAGACGAGGCGUCGAGAGCGAAUGGGAGGAUUUCGAAGAGUAG